UAAAAUUGUCAUCAUCAUUAUUUUAGCAAAAAAACUUUCCUGAAUGCUCUUACUAGAAAUUCAGGCUGAAGCACUUCACCUUUUUUUCACCAUCAAACUUUAGAAGUGACUAUCGUAUACUUUUUCAUCUGAACCAGAAACUAUGGCAGCAACAACUCCAGCACCAGUCUAUGGAGAUGUCACAGCAUUACCGUCUGGUGGCAAAUUAUUGGCAACCUUUCCAGAUUUACUUAUGAUACCUGAAUUAAUUUUUGGAGGCCUUGUGUGGAUUUUGGUUGCAUCAUCUAAGGUUCCAUUACCAUUAUGGCAAGGAUGGGUUAUGUUUGUCUCUGUAUCACUUUUUCUUUUCACUUUUAUACUCAUGAUACUGUAUUGUGCUCGAGUACAUGGAGGAAAAUCUGUGUGGUCAUCAAUUGACGCAUUCUAUCAUUUUGUCGCUGCUCUCUUCUACUUGAGUGCAUCUGUUCUGGAAGCUGCUUUUACUGCUAGCUAUGGUAUUUCUAUUUUAGGACGAAGUGAUGCAAUAUACAAAUUAAAUAUUGCAGCAACGGUGUUUGUCUAUCUUGCCACAUUGUCGUAUGUAAUUCACGCAGUUUUUUCUCUCCUGAGAUGGAAAAAAUCUUAAUGUACAACUGACUUGAUGGCAAAGUUAGAAAAUGUGUUUCCACUGAACAAUGAAAUGCCCAAUUAACUUGAGAUAACUGCUUCAAAACAAAUGUAUUAUAAAUAGCAAGUUUAUGUAAUGUUACAAUAUUAACAUGUUAAUUAUAUUUGAGUAUUUUGACAAUUUUGAGUGUAUUGUCUUAUUUGGUGUAUUGUACUAUAUUGGUUGUAUGACACUAAAGUUUCUAGUUUAUCCAGUUUGUUAUAUUAUGUACCUGGUUUAUUUUCUAUUGCAAAGUUUAAAAAAACACAAUAAAGUAUACAAGAUAAAAAAAA